AUGGCUGUUCAGGAGUCUAGUUGUGCCGUAGAUGACCGAGUAGAUGACGAAAAUUGUGGUCCACUGCUCAUACAAAAGUUGGAAUCCGCUGGGAUUGCUGCUGCUGACGUUAAAAAGCUUCGAGAGGCAGGCUUUCACACUGUUGAAAGUAUCCAGUUUGUUCCAAAGAAAACUCUGUUGGCAGUAAAAGGGAUUAGCGAAGCUAAAGCGGACAAAAUUAUAGAAGCUGCUCAAAAGUUAGUCCCGUUUGGAUUUACAACUGCUACUGAAUUUCAUCAAAAACGGUCAGAAAUUAUCCAGUUAACCACUGGCUCAAAAGAGUUAGAUAAACUGUUACAAGGUGGUAUUGAAACUGGAUCAAUUACGGAGUUGUUUGGGGAGUUUCGAACUGGAAAAACACAGAUAUGUCAUACUUUAGCCGUAACUUGUCAGUUACCCAUUGAUAUGGGUGGUGGUGAGGGGAAAUGUUUGUAUAUUGAUACGGAAGGCACUUUUCGUCCUGAACGUUUGCUAGCAGUUGCAGAAAGAUAUGGUUUAUCUGGUAGCGAUGUCCUAGACAAUGUGGCUUAUGCCAGAGCCUAUAAUACUGAUCAUCAAAUGGAAUUACUUAUUAACGCAGCGGCUAUGAUGAGUGAGUCAAGAUAUGCAUUACUAAUUGUUGAUAGCGCCACAGCUCUUUAUCGUACUGAUUAUUCUGGUCGUGGGGAAUUAUCAGCACGACAAAUGCAUUUGGCUAGGUUUUUACGUACAUUAUUACGACUGGCUGAUGAAUUUGGUGUGGCUGUAGUUAUUACUAAUCAGGUAGUCGCUCAAGUUGACGGUGCUGCUAUGUUCUCUGCUGACCCUAAGAAACCUAUUGGUGGAAAUAUAAUGGGUCAUGCUUCAACUACCCGAUUAUACCUCAGAAAAGGUCGUGGAGAAACUAGAAUCUGUAAAAUUUAUGACAGUCCUUGUUUACCAGAAGCUGAAGCUAUGUACGCUAUUCUUGCCGAUGGUAUAGGUGACGCAAAAGAUUAACGAAGUUUUGUAACAAACAAACCAAUUUAUGUUCAAAGAGUUCACUUCGAGUUAGACAUUGUUCACAAGACAGUUCCGUUAAAAUUCUGAAUAUUGUAAAUAUGUGACCAUAGUUACUCUGUUG